AUGUCGCUAUAUAUUCUCUACUCGAUAGUGUCCUCCUUCGCGGUUAUCCUAGAUUCGACGCUUGUCCAUGCAGCCCCGGUGACAAAUGCUAGAAACACCACCGAACCCGCUCAUCCCUUUUUUGUUCCAUCACCCCGAGGACGUGGUACUCUGGAUAUCUUCUUUACCUGUAUCAUCACUCUUAUGCUCUGUGUCUGGACCGCAAUCCACCCCAACAUUGUAACCAACCCGACGGUAACCCGCUGUCUCAAACACAGGGCUACCUAUAUGGUGCUUGGACUCGUUAUACCGGAGUGCGUUCUGGGAGUUGCCAUCAACGAAUGGAGAAAGGCGCGGAAGGUUCUCCUGGCGUGGAAAUACUCUAUGGCUGUAGAGCAUGCAAAAGAGGCUGCAAGUCUAGCAACCAAAGCCCUCGAGCGAACAAUCACCUCGGAAGGCGAUGAUUUUGAGGGAAGCGAAGCUCGACAGCAGCUCCAGUCGGCAGUUGAUAUAGCUCUAAGGGCAGCGGAUGCCGAUGCUGCACUGCCGGCAGUCAAGAAUGUCAAGGAAGCACUCAAGGACUAUGAAGCUGUGGAAAGAAUCAUUACCGCGGGAAAGAGAUCACGGGUUCACGAGAUAUUUCGUCGAUGGAUCGAGGCAAUCCGGAGAUCUUUGCCGAUAUCACAUAUAUUCCUCAGGGAAACCCCGUUCGGUAUGGAGGGGGCAUUCUUUGCUGUGAUGGGAGGCUACACGUUCUGCCCACUCGAUCACUAUCAGAACCCAAAGUAUCGGCGUACGCUUUCCGCUGAUGCGAUGGAUGUUCUUCUCAGAAUGGGAAUUGUGGAUGGUAAAGGUCUUGCGAGCCUCAAGAAUGAGGUCAAGGACAAGGGCAAAGCUAACGUGCUAGCUAAGUUCUUGGUCUGCGCACAGGCGUUAUGGAUGGUGAUGAAUUGUUUCAUGCGUAGGGCGGCAGGCCUUCCAAUCACCAUCAUCGAGUUGAACGUUAUUGUGCAUGUCUUUUGUGCUGUGAUUGUUUACGCCUGUUGGUGGAAGAAACCUCACGACGCUGGAAGUGCAAUAUCGCUCGAUCAGUUCAUCUCGAAGCCCACCAGUGCGGUUCUCUUUUUCAUGCAGUACCCUGAUUCUCUAGAACUUCACGUCUCGGAGCCACGCCCAGGUGAUUUGUCAUUCAACACUCGCAUUCUGGGCGCCAAUAGAUAUACUCUAGUUGAGAACUCUACGGCGCCCGUUCCACUUGACCAUCCCCAGCAGAAAAUUGAGGAAAAUGAGGAAAACGAGGAAAUUGAGAAAAAUGAGAAAAACGAGAAAAAAGAACCGGACGUCACUCAGCAUCCUGUGGAAGGAUCUUUGCAUUCUGAAUCCUCACCAGGCCUGGAAGAGUCUUCCAUGGUUUUGGAGCCCCAUACCGACAACAAUGAUCCUACAGGGAUCCCCGAAAUCCCUCCUAAUAUACCCCUUGAUCUUAUCGGCCAGGCAAGCGAGCAGAAUGUCCCACAGAGUGCUGCGCAGGGAUCUGUGCAUCUUGAAUCCUUACCUACCGAUGUAAUUGGCACCACUACAGCGGGGUCAGAACAGAGAAAGCCCCCUACGACUAUGCCUCCGCGUCCUCCAACUUCACGCCCCGACACUGCUGCGGACACUCAAUAUCGACUAGAUGAGAUAAUGCUCUACCGGGCGGUGGACAACUGGAACGGAGACAUACAGCUGCAUCGAGUUGAGCUUUCCCCCAAAGAACGGAAAGACUGGGAAGCAGGCAUACCUCCGCUAGACUCAACUCGCAUUUUUAUCGACAGUAGGCGUGGGAUUACUCUAAAGGCACACUCGAGCGGGAAGUUCAACAUAACGGCUCAGGAGUACCAAAUAUUCGUAAGCGCGGCAAAGGCGCUGCGUUCAUCAGAUCGUUUCAAACAUAACAGCGAUCUGACUGUGUCUGGAGAGACAGCUUAUCCCAUAUUACUGAAAUCUCCCGAAGAAAUGACGGCAACGCAAAAUUCUUUCAAUCUCAAGGGCUUAGGGCUUAUGUGGAUACCACUAUAUCUUAUAUAUGGUGGCGUUCAUUCCUUACUUUGGAAUACAUAUUUCCCCUCCCCGACAGAACGACUGCUGUGGAGAAUCUCCUGCCUCCUUAUCGCAUUUCCUGGCCUUGGACAUUUCGCAAUACUAGUGGCAACGGAUCAGGUCUGGAGAUACUUUGAUAGUGACACUUUGCCCGACGCGAUUUACGACUUUGCGUCCUGGUAUCUACUCGCGGGCUUUCUGGCUGGAUGGGCGGGUGGGGCGAUAUAUGGGGGUGUCGAGGGAUUUCGGUAUGUGACAGGAUUGGUCAUCCAGCAACACUACAGGAUACUCAUCUACGUCGCGCUGGAAACGGCGGUGGUCUUGGCUGUUAUCAGUGCAGCCUGGUUCUUGAUACAAGUGAUUAUGGAUAGGGACUGGAAUGCCUAUUGGGGUUUCAGAUGUUACCUGCGCUGGGUACUUGUUAUACCCAUGUGGCUACUUCUGAUAGCAUACUUCCUGGCUAGAAUGUUUAUUUUCGUUGAAACCUUUAUAUGCUUGAGGAGUCUGCCUACACGUGCCUACGAGACUGUUAUUUGGGAGGAGAUUUUACCCCAUUUCUGA